AUGAGUCACAAAUUGCUUCCUAUUUCCAGGUUGCAUACAGUCAACAACUUCAACUUCUUUUUCCACAACACCAAACGAAGUCUCAUCAAAAAUCAACAGAAUUUCAUCAAUAAUCAAUUUUUAACCAGGAAAGUCAAACUACCUCAUGUUCCAAGAACAAAGAGUACCUCCACCCCUCAAAUAUAUAGCGGAUUACCAAUAAGAGACUCCAAGGAUACUGGAUCAGCCGCUGUAUUGAAUGUGGCAUCAAAAGUCCUUACAUGCCAAGAACCAGAAGCAAAACUGUCCCAAAGCUUAACUUCGGAGGAUACAGCUACUGCAUCUAGCAUUCCAUUUAAAGUGUCUCCUAAGGCACCAAGGCCUGCCAAAGUUGAACCUGUAUCUAUUCUUGGAUCCAAGACGGGGUUACGGGAUGAGCUUAGAGCAUACGUUAAACUCACAAAACCAAACUUGACAGUAUUGGUAACUUUGAGUUGCAUAUGUUCUUAUGCCAUCUCACCAUUGAGUGUAUCAUUUUUUGAAUUGUGUUUUUUGACAGCUGGAACUGCAUUAUGUUCAGGUGCAGCAAACGCCAUCAACAUGGGAAGAGAACCUGAUUUCGAUAAACAAAUGCCAAGAACUAUGGGUCGUCCUGUAGUUAGAGGAUUAAUCACCCCUCAACAAGCGUACAACUUUGCUGCUUUAAUUGGAACCACAGGAGUAGCUAUGCUUUGGUUCGGUGUUAACCCCGUUGUUGCGUCAUUGGGCCUAUUCAACAUUGUAUUGUAUGCUUGGAUAUACACUUCAAUGAAGAGGAAAUCUAUCCUCAACACCUGGGUAGGUGCUAUAGUUGGUGCUAUUCCUCCAUUAAUGGGAUGGGCCGCUUCUUCAUCUUUGUUACAUCCAGGUGCUUGGUGUUUAGCUGGCUUGCUUUAUGCAUGGCAAUUUCCCCAUUUUAAUGCCUUGUCUCAUGGUAUUGCUCAGCAAUAUAAACAAGCAGGAUACGUAAUGACAGCAGCAGAAAAUCCCAAAUUAAAUGCAAGAGUAGCUUUACGGUAUUCUAUCCUAAUGUUCCCACUAUGCUUUGGAUUAAGUUACUUUGGUGUUACUGAUUGGGUAUUUCCAUUUGAUUCUGCCAUAGCUAAUGGAUGGCAAGCAUAUUUGGCAUUCAAAUUUUGGCAACAACAACUGAAAAACUACAAGAACCCCAAGGGUCCUACUUCAGAGGGAACAGCAUUGGCUGGUAUCCAUGCAAAGAAACUAUUUUGGUGUUCUGUAUGGCAUCUUCCUGCUGUUUUAAUAUUGGCAAUGUUGCAUAAAAAAGACCAAUGGGAUAGGCUAUAUAAUUAUUUAUUCUGA